AUGGAGAAGUUAAUAUGUGCUGUGCAGACGUAUGAUUGGGGACGUCGUGGAAGCCAAAGUGAAGUGGCGAUUUUAAUGCAUGCCGCUGAUAAACAGUUCGUUAUUGAAGAAACAAAACCAUAUGCCGAGUUAUGGAUGGGUGUGCAUCCGAAUGGACCAUCAAAGCUUAUGUCAGACGGGAAACUUUUAUCAGAAAAAAUUGCGGAAUCGAAAAAUUUUUUAGGAGAUCAUGAAGGUGGAUCACUGCAAUUCUUGUUCAAAGUGCUUUCUGUGAAUAAAGCACUAUCAAUACAGAGCCAUCCUGACAAGGAAAAAGCGAAAAUAUUGCACAGCAGUGAUCCAGAACACUAUCCUGAUAGCAAUCAUAAACCGGAAAUGGCGAUCGCUUUAUCUGAUUUUCAACUUUUGAGCGGCUUUCGUCCCUCUUACGAAAUCUGUGACAACAUUAAAGCUUUCCCCGAACUGCGGAAUUUAAUAACUUCGAAGAAUGAUAUUGAAAACUUGAAAACUGGAAAUGAUUUUGAAAAGCGCGAAACCUUGAAAAAGAUAUUUUCGGAAUAUAUGCGUUCAUCAAACGAAAAUGUAUAUAAAGCAGUGCAGCAGUUGGCAAUACGUCUAAGGAGCAAGAAUGAUCGUUCUGAUCUUGAAGAGUUACUUCUCCGGCUAAACAGUGAGUAUCCUGGUGAUGUAGGUGUAUUCGCACCACUUCUGAUGAAUUAUUUUACUCUAAAAAAAGGAGACGCUGUUUUUAUGAAACCAAACUCUCUCCAUGCAUAUCUUUUGGGAGAUUGUGUGGAAUGCAUGGCUUGUUCCGAUAAUACCGUUCGUGCUGGAUUAACACCAAAAUUCAAGGAUGUUGACACGCUUUGCUCGGAUUUGACAUUCGAAAUGAUUCAGCCAUCGUGUUUCUCCCCAAAAAUUAUUGGUCCUGGAAUAAGGGAGUAUGCACCACCGGUCCAAGAAUUUGCGGUACAUGAAUUGAGGAAUGGAGCCAACGAAUUGCGAGAUGUUAGUGCUGGCAGCAUUAUUAUCGUAAUAAAAGGCUCAACUGAAAUAUAUAAUGGCGCUGAAAAACUUAAGAUGGGCCGUGGUGAAAUAUAUUUUGUCCCGGCGAAUAUACGUCAUGUGAGCAUUAAACCCUCCGAUGAUUUUUUAGCGUAUCGUGCUUUUACACCUAAAAGAUAG